AUGCCAUCUCAACCCCUUAGAACGGCAAUUAUCGGCCUAUCCGCCUCGGCCACCACCUCCUGGGCCGCAGACGCUCAUCUGCCAGCUCUGCUCAGUAGUCGCGGCAAAGAUCUUUUCAAGGUAACUGCUCUCUGCAACAGCAGUGUUGCCGCCGCCGAUUCCGCUAUCGAAACGUACAACCUCGGUGCUACGGCCAAAGCUUACGGCAACCCGACUGAUCUCGCCGCCGACCCAGCCGUCGAUCUGGUCCUGUGCAGUACGCGCGUCGAUAAACAUUACGACACAAUUCUCCCCGCCGUUCAGGCUGGUAAAUCUGCAUUCGUCGAAUGGCCCAUUGGAGCCAAUCUAAGCGAGGCGGAGGAGCUGGCUAAGGCUGCGAAGAUUGCUGAUAGUUGCAGUCAUGGUGAUGGUACUCUGCGCGCUCAAGUGGCUGUCGGUCUGCAGGGCCGUUUUGCGCCACCCGUGAUGCGAGUGAAGGAGACCCUUCAGUCAGGGAGACUGGGGAAAUUGUUGAGCACGGAGCUCAGGGCGUUCGGUGGCACUAGGGAUCGAGAGAUCCUCCCGACUGGAUUGAAAUAUUUUGCUCAGAAGGAGGUGGGCGGAAAUCCGAUUACGAUUGGAUUUGGCCAUGUCAUCGACUGGGUUCAAUCUGUCGUGGGCGACAUCAUUCCAGGAACAGAUCAUGUUCACUUCCAAAUCCAACGGCCAGAUAUCCGGGUUAAGGAUUCCAAGACGGGGACGUUUGUUGAGUCAUUCCAAUCGGAUGUCCCUGAUUUACUGAGUCUGCAUGGAUCUCUUCCGCAAUCACCUCAUGUAACAGCCCAUGCCAGUCUCAUUGCCUAUUUUGCCCGUGGCCAGCCCUACCCCGGGGACCCUUCGCUUACCUGGACGCUGACCUGCGAGUUGGGAACAAUCCGACUAACUGCUCCAGCGGGGAUGUCCCUUCAAGCGGAUGCAUACGCAGGACCUGUGACGAUCACAGUGCACCGCUUUGAUACAGAUGAGGUGGAACAGGUCCAGUGGACGUGGUCAGAUGCGCAGUUGGAGCUUCCAGUGCGGGCACGGUCCGUGUUGACGUGUUUGGUCAGCCUCGCGGAGGGAAAUGAAGACGGAUAUGUUUCUCUGGAGGAUGGCGUCCGACGUGCGAGGCAGAUUGCUCGUUGGUUGGACUCUGCUCCGGCUUCUGUGUUUUAG